CUGACGUCAGGCUAACGGCGUCAGCUCCCACUUCCGUGUUUCUAAAUAAAGCGCGCGUUUCUUCCUCGCGGGGUCCUCGUGCAGUUUUACGGUGUUUCUGAGCUCAGCUGAACGUGAAGUCACCUGAUCCUCCUGCACGUGGACCCGGAACAGCUCCAGCAGGUAAAGACCGCGUGCACUGCUGUAACGUUUUCAGGAUGUCGACUACGUCUCAGAAACAUCGAGACUUUGUGGGCGAACCGAUGGGAGACAAACCAGUGACGAGUCUGUCGGGGAUCGGAGAGAUACUGGGCAAGAAGCUGGAGCAGCAGGGCUUCGAUAAGGCCUUCGUGGUUCUCGGUCAGUUCCUCCUCCUGAAGAAAGACACGGAUCUGUUCGCCGAGUGGCUGAAAGACGCCAGCGGAGCGAACAGCCGGCAGGCCGGAUCCUGCGCUCAGUGCCUGAAGGAGUGGUGCGACGCCUUCCUCUGAGGCCCCGCCUUCUCACAGAGACCCCGCCCCUUCCUGUUCUUACUUGGCUCGCUCACUUCCUGUUGCUGAAGGUCCGAUCAGAGCUCGCGCUGUCUGCUGCUGUUUCAGGUGACUGACCAGCUGUGACAUCACGGCGACCAGACAGCUGUUUGUUUCGCUGCUUUAUGAGCUUGUUUCAUUGGUGAAAGUUCACAUGAAUAAAAGUUUGUUUGUGAAAAGUU